UCCGCAGCGCGCAGCGCGGGCGCCAGCCGAGCGCAGCGGGCACGAGAGGGAGGCCGGGGGUAGGGGGGCUGCCCCCGGCGCGGCCCGGGCGAAGCGGGGACUGCAGGCCGGCGAGACCUCAACCGCACGCGCACUGAGGAUCCCCGGGGGCGCGCGGCGGCCGCCAGAAUGGACGCGGUGCUGCUGGAGCCCUUCCCCGGGGGCCUGGACGCCUUCCCGGCAGCGUACCUGGACGACGAGGACUUCCUCACCGACCAGUCCUCCCGGGACCCCCUGGAGGACGGCGAGGAGCUGCUGGCGGAGGAGCACGCCGAGGUGGACUUCCUCAGCCACCAGCUGCACGAGUGCUGCUACCGCGACGGGGCGUGCCUGCUGCUGCCGCCGCCGCCCGCGCCCGCGGCCGGCCCCCGCGCGCUCGCGCCGCCGCCGCCGUCGGGGGCUCCCGGGGAGCCCGAAGACCUCGGCGGCCCCGGCUACUGCUGCGGGGCGGCCGUGGGCCCCGGCGCCUUCCCCUACUCGCCCGGCUCGCCGCCCGCGUGCCUGGCCUACCCGUGCGCCGCGGCCGCAGCGCUGUCCCCCGGGGCGCGGCUGCGUGGCCUGGGCGGCGCGGCGGCGCGGCGGCGGCGGCGGGUGCGCUCCGAGGCGGAGCUGCAGCAGCUGCGGCAGGCGGCCAACGUGCGCGAGCGGCGGCGCAUGCAGUCCAUCAACGACGCCUUCGAGGGGCUGCGCUCCCACAUCCCCACGCUGCCCUACGAGAAGCGCCUCUCCAAGGUGGACACGCUGCGCCUGGCCAUCGGCUACAUCAACUUCCUCAGCGAGCUGGUGCAGGCCGACCUGCCACUGCGCGGCGGCGGCGGCGGUGCGGGCAGCGGCGCGGGAGGCGGCGGGCCGGGCGGCGGGCGGCUGGGCUCGGACAGCCCGGGCAGCCAGGCCCACAAGGUCAUCAUUUGCCAUCGGGGCACGCGUCCCCCCUCCCCCGGCGAUCCGGAUUACGGCCUCCCGCCGCUCGCCGGACACUCACUCUCGUGGACCGAUGAGAAACAGCUCAGCGAACAAAACAUCAUCCGGACAGCCAAAGUGUGGACGCCCGAGGACCCCAGAAAGCUCAGCGGCGUGGAAAGCCAGCCGCCUUUGCAGGUGGCGUCCUGAGCAGGCCCGGGCGCGGCGGGGGCUGGGUCCCUGUGCGUGUGGUCCACGUCGGAGUGUCUAUCCCGCACAUGUCUCCAAAGGCAAUCCGCCUCUUGUUAAUUUAUCUAUUUAUUCCGCUGAGUUAACGCCAUAGACGAUCUCUUUUAAAUAUAUAUAAGUUAUAUAAUUUAUCUUGAUUUUUUUUUCUAAAAAUAUGCUAUAGCUUGUGAUCCCCUCGUCCCCCCACCCCCACCCCCACCCCAGCACCUUGGGCACCAGACUCUGUGUUGCUUGGGAGAACCCUAGCCGGAAUACUUCCCGCUUAUUUAUU